AUGACAGGGAAACAUAAAAGGAGGUAUGUAACUCGUGUUGUAGAAGACAGACUCAGUAACUUGCCAGGGCACUUAAUAGACUCAAUCUUAGAGCGGGUCCCAUUUGAAGAUGCUGUAAAAACAAGCAUCAUAUCAAAAAAUUGGAGGUACAAAUGGACCUCAAUCAAGGUCUUGACUUUUGAUAACGACUUCAAUGUAAAAAUUGCAAAAAAUGGAGCUAUUGAUUACAAUGAAUAUAUAAGCACCAUAAAUCAAGUGUUAAACCUUCACAAGGGUCCAAUCUCAAAAUUUGUAAUCUAUAUACCACCUAUGUUUUUUGAUAGCUUCGAAGAAAUUGAUGAAUGGAUGAUGUUCUUAUCAAGAAACAAUGUGACAAAACUCGCUCUUUAUAAUUCAAAUCGACGCUAUGAGCUUCCUUCUCAUGUGUUUUCAUGUUUAGGAUUAAGAAUGUUGAUAUUGGAGAAUUGUUUUUUCAAUCCACCACUUCAGUUUGAAGGAUUUCAUAAUCUUGAAGAUGUUUUUCUUCAGCAUAUUGAUUUUGGGAAGAAUUUAAGUGGAAAUCAGAUGAACUUACCACAACUUAAGAAUCUGAAUUUUCUUGAGUGUACGAAUGUUCACAAUUUCAACAUCAAGGCUACAAAGAUGAAGAAUUUGGUUCUUGUCGCGUGUCCAGAUGCUAAUUUGCUCCAAUUGUUGGAAAAUCCAUCUCUUAUUGUGUUUGGUGUAUCUUUUCGGUCAAUCGAAGAUUUUGUUAGAGUUGAAAAGAUAAAUUCCAUCAGCUUUUUAAGUAGCUUAACAAGAAUUGAAGACUUCUUUAUCGAGGGUAAUUUUCUUAAGUUUUUGUCUGCAGAAGAGGUUCCAAAGUGGCUUCCAUUAUCGAUGAACAGCUUAAAACAUUUAGUGUUGCAAGAUUUUCAAGUUGGUGAUUUGGAUCAACUUAAUGUUGCUCUUUGUUUGCUUCGAAACUCACCAAAUCUAGACACAUUACGUGUGCACUUUGAGGAGCCUCGACAUUUUGUGGGCCUAGCUUUAGAUCAUUUGGAAGCUCCAAACUGCUUGGACUAUACAUUGAAACAGUUAAGGACUGUGGAGAUAACAUGCUUAGAAGGAUUAGAAGUGGAACUGCUUUUUAUAAAGCUUCUACUUGCUCAUUCACCUAAUCUUGAGAAGAUCUCCAUUACACCAAUUGGAGCUUUGAAUAUUCGAAAAAGAUUUGGAAUUGCUAAAGAUGUUAUGAGGUUUCCUCGAGCAUCACCAAAAGCAGAAAUGAUCUACUUGAAUCCCGAGAAAUAG